AUGUAUCAUCGGCCGAAUCCCUCAGUCCGUUCCAUUCCCUCAAAUUCAAACCUAACUGGUCCCGCAAACACGAAUUCAAGCCCACGAAUCGCUCCAUUACUUCCACCAGCAGCUCUUAAUGGUCUUUCAAGUAAAACACCAGGCAUAAUUCUUUCCGCGCCCACGAACGGGUCUGCACACGAUUCCUCACCCACCAUCUGUGCUUUGCCGCUGAAAUACGUCUCCCUUGUCACCCUGGCAGUCCAGAAUGCAGCCUUGUCUAUCGUUAUGCACUACUCUCGCGUAUCGACACCACCCCAUCUAGCUUACUCCCCAGCAGCUGCCGUCUUGACUAACGAACUUCUCAAGGGCUCAAUAUCGUUCGUUAUAGCCCUUGGUCGCGUUAGAGAUGCAGCUGAUACUCCGUGGUCCUCUCGUAAGACGUUUGGAGGUGUUCUCCAGUCGUUUUUCCCUUGGUCGGCUGCCUUUCGCCAGGUAUGCAGUGAGAUAUUCAGUCCAGACUGUUGGAAGCUAUCUAUCCCCGCUAUCCUAUACGUAGUCCAGAACUCGCUGCAGUUCGUGGCCAUCUCAAACUUGCCUGUGGCUUCCUUUCAAGUAGCUUACCAGAUGAAGAUUUUGACUACCGCCGCAUUCUCCGUGGCACUUCUUCGGAGAAAGCUGUCUUCGACGAAGUGGCUGUCACUCUUCUUCCUUGCGAUUGGUGUUGGCAUCGUGCAGAUACAGACGGCGGCGACGUUUUCGCAUCCAGCACCUCGCGAAGUUCCUGUAGGCAGUGCGCAUGAAUCGGCCCCACACGUCCAUAUCAUGAGCCCGUUGAAAGGUUUUGGAGCGGUAACGGCAGCGUGCUUUACUUCUGGGUUGGCAGGUGUUUACUUUGAGAUGGUUUUGAAAAACUCCAAGGCAGAUUUGUGGGUACGCAAUGUUCAGCUGUCGUUGUUUUCGCUCCUCCCGGCACUCCUACCCAUUCUGUAUGCGCCUUCGCUACCAGACUCUAAUGGGUUCUUGUCGGAUUUGUUCCGUAACUUUGGAGCGUGGGCAUGGGCUACGGUGUCUAUCCAGGUCAUAGGAGGGCUUGUGACGGCGGUGGUGAUCAAGUACUCUGACAACAUUCUCAAAGGUUUCGCCACUUCGCUCUCCAUCAUUAUCUCCUUCCUAGCCUCUGUCGUCCUCUUCGACUUCCGCAUCACUCCGUCCUUUAUCAUCGGCGCGUCUACCGUGCUUGCUGCUACGUGGAUGUACAAUCAGCCAGCGGGUCAGGAACCUCUUUCGGGCUCUGGAAAGUCGUCGACGCCGUUCCCUGGUACGCCUGUCGGCCCUGAUGCUCCCAUCCUCGGGCAUUUCACUUCGAAGAAGAAAUCGUCAUCGCCGUUUGGUAGCCCGCGCGCUAUCGCUACUGCGCUCGGAUUCGCAGAUAAGGGCGCCCCCGUCGAUAAUGAGUACUUCUCCGAGAUGGAGUCGACGUCGCGAUACCUGAAUGCGCCAUACGGCUCACCAUACCCUUCGCGUUCGCCCACCCCGCGUCCUGAGGAGCGUUUGUGAGCUGAUGAUGAAGGAAACGUUCU